UGAGGUUUAGUGCAAAGGUAGAUCGCUAGGAGCUGUAGUGACCUUGGGUCUGCUUGCUGAGGGCAGGACAGAAUUCCUGAAGGCACACAUGGUCCAGAGUGACAAGGCCAUCUGCUGUAGCGCCAGCAGGAGCAGGAAGGGGGAGCGGGGUGGACUCGGGUGUGUUGAGAAUUCCUUUCGCUGGAGCGUGGGGGAAGAAGAUAUUCUGGGAUAUCACUGCUAGCACUCGAUCUGGAAACCAUUUUUUCUUUGGCAUUUUUCAAGAGCAAAACUGACGGGAGAAUUCUAAAACACUUGAUGGUGAGACAGGAUCAUUGCAGGUUUAAAUGGGGAAGGUAUUUUUCCAGCCUGGCUGUUCUCCUAGAAGCGACUGGUGAAAUUGGUCUUUGUGUGUUGCCGUUUCAUUUUGGUGGAUUCAGUUUCCUCCCCAUCUCAGCACAGUCAGAGCUGAGAGAGAAGGAUCUGGUAGGCCGUCUUGCAGCAACCAGUGUUGGAGGAUCAUCUUGAAGGGAUUUUCUUUGGAGUUGCUGUGCAUGGCAAAGAUCUACAUUCUUGCCGCCUAACUGAAGUGGCAUGGCCUAAAAAAAUGAAUAUUUUUAUGAGGCGCCUUGCACCAGAGAUGGGCCAGGACCAAACCAAGCAGCAGAUAGAGAAGGGCGUGAGGUUGUAUCAGUCCAAUCAGACGGACAAAGCCCUGCACGUCUGGACUAAAGUGCUGGAGAAGACCUCAGAUCCUGGAGGGAAGUUCCGGGUGUUAGGGUGCCUGAUUACGGCUCACUCGGAAAUGGGGAAAUAUAAAGAUAUGCUUAAGUACACUCUCUAUCAAAUCGACACAGCCAGAGAAAUGGAGGACCCAGACUACCUCAUAGAAGGAUACCUGAACUUGGCGCGCAGCAAUGAGAAGCUGUGCGACUUCCAGAAAACGAUGUCCUACUGUAAGACCUGUUUGAACAUGCAGGGCACCACGGUCAGCCUGCAGCUCAACGGCCAGGUAUGUCUCAGCAUGGGCAACGCUUUUCUGGGCCUCAGCGUCUUCCAGAAGGCCUUGGAGAGCUACGAGAAGGCCCUGCGCUACGCACACAACAACGACGACAAGAUGCUGGAGUGCAGAGUCUGCUGCAGCCUGGGGAACAUUUAUGUCCACCUUAAGGACUACGAGAAAGCGCUGUUUUUCCCAUGUAAAGCAGCUGAGCUUGUCAAUGACUACGGGAAGGGUUGGAGCCUCAAGUAUCGAGCCUUGAGCCAGUACCACAUGUCCGUUGCCUACAGGAAACUGGAGCACCUGCCGAACGCCAUGGAGUGCUGCGAGGAAUCGAUGAAGAUUGCCCUGCAGCACAGUGACCGUCCUCUGCAGGCUCUGUGUUUACUGAACUUUGCAGACAUACACCGCUGCAGGCGCGACGCUGAUAAAGCAUUCCCUCGCUACGAGUCUGCACUGGGUAUAAUGACUGAGAUUGGAAACCGUCUUGGACAAUCACAUGUCUACCUGGGAGUUGCAAAGUGUUGGCUUCUGCAGAAAGAAUUUGAUAAGGCUCUUGGUUCUUUACAGCGAGCACAGGAGUUGGCAGAUGGGAUGGGAAACAAGCUGUCUACACUGAAGGUGCACUGCCUGAGUGAAGGAAUUUAUCGUACCUGGGGGCAACAAGAGGAGCUCAGGGAGCAGGUGGUGAAGUUCCUGCAGUGUGUGGAGGAGUUGGAGCUCUACUGCGGCAUGUGUGGAGAGUCCAUCGGGGACAGGGACCAAAAGCUGCAGGCCUUACCCUGUUCCCACAUUUUCCACCUCAAGUGUCUGCAGAAAAAGGGCACCAAGGGUUGUCCUAAAUGUUUCAAGUCCUCAAUGAAGCCUGGAUUCGUGUGAUUGUGAGCCAGCGUUUGUGCGUUGGAUGUGCAGCCUUGUGGGCUCAUGGCUGGGAGGAGCAGGCGGCUUUGGAAUAUGCUGAAGGUGUUUGAGGAGUAAUGAUUCGCUGCUCUGCAGAGAGGAUGCUGAACUGAACCCCAGUGUCGAAGCGCGCGGCUCUGAGGGCCCGAUCAAGGCAUCCAUCUUAUCAACAGUAAGAUGAGACAAUCAGUCUGAUGUUUGCUGAUGGUGGAAGUACAAGUGACUGAUUUCAAGAAUCAAGAACCUACGUGAACUCCGGUGAAUCUGUAUGUUGCAGGAUUUAAUUCUAGUAGAAAAACGACCGUCUAAAAGCAUUUAUAACUUAUUUAUGCGUUGAUGAUCUUCAUGGAUCUUAGUCACCGGGUUUGUUGUUCCAGUUCUGAUAAUAUCUUUGACACAAUGUCCACUUUUUCUUUAAUUAACAGUUUUAAAUUUAAAAAAAAAUGUAUUACAGUACAGAGCCAUUUCUGAAUUUAACUGAUUUCAUUCACACUAUAUCUAUAAGUGUACAUACCAUUGUCAUGUUAUUUUUGUUUUAAAAGUUUGAUUUAUUUGAGGUGUUAAAAUCUCUUUAACAAUUAAAAAUUCAGCAUGUC